AUGGACGGGGAUCAUCCGCACUUCACUUCUGCUCUGGCUCCUCCAUCUGUGCAGAUUCCAGAAAACAACACAGUGGGUGCUGUUGUAGCAACAAUCACUGUCCAACCAGGGGUGACCCUUGUCCUCAAUCCUCCCACUGAUGGCUCUGACAACCCGUUCAGGCUCGAAGGAAACAAUCUGGAAGCUGCACGUGUGUUUGACUAUGAGAUUAAUAAAAACUUUGUGGCAAGGAUCACCUGCAAACCUGCAGCAGGAUCAGCAGGAUCCAAUUUGAACAUCGCUAUUGUUGUAGUUCUUACCAAUGUGAAUGAUAACCCUCCAGUCUUUGCCGAGAACCCCUACCGCGUCAGUAUCAAUGAGAUGUCUCCUGUAGGUUCAGUCGUGGGAAACUUCAAGGCCACAGACGUAGACCUACACAGUCAGCUCUUCUACACAUUGACAUCUGAAUCUACCGACUUCAAACUUAGGUCAUCUACUGUCCCUGAUGUCCUCGUUGAUAAGCCUCUAGACUAUGAUAAAGUCAAAAAUGUCCAACUGGUGCUGACCGUUCAGGAUGCACCACUGACAGCAACAGAUGUCAGGUUCACCUCCACCACCACCAUCAUGGUCACCAUCUUAGACGGGGACAACAGGCCACCGUGGUUCCAGCCCUGCACCAAGCACGAGGUGGGGGGGGCUUUGAUCUGCCAGAACGAUGGCUACACCGGCAGGGUCAACUUAAAUGAGCAAGAGGCCGGAGCGUUACCACUGAAACCAGGACCACUUUACGCCAUUGAUGGAGACUCUGGGAUAAAUGGGGAGAUAACAUACUCCUUUCUGAGUGGAAACGAGGAUCGUCUGUUUGAUAUCAACGCGAACACAGGGAACAUCACCAUGCUGAAAGUGGCCGACGUGUUGGGGACAAUCAGUCUGACAGUGCUGGCCGCCCAGAAGGUGAACAGCUUUCAGUUCGCCACCACCACCGUCACCAUCAGUGUUCAGGUGAAGAGCCUCCAUCCUCCACAGUUUCAGAAGCCUCGGUACGAAGGCGUCAUCACCUCAAUGGGCUCCAUGGCUAUGGACCCGACGAACGAGGACAAGCCACUGAGGAUCCUCGCUACAGACGACGACUACACUGCCACCGGGGGUUUAAAUCCCCACAUCACCUACUCCGUCAGCGGGAGCAGUGAUUUCUCCAUCAUUGACGGCUACUUAUUCAUGAUGAAGGAUCUCCCUGAGGGCACAUUAUCUCUGCAGGUGGUGGCAAUAGACACAACUAAUGACGAAACAGCUACAGCUCAGCUCUCGGUGGAGGUGACAUCAGGUCUCACCUCCACCAGUUUGCCUCUGAGCACUACAGACAUUACGGCCACAACCUCCAUGGUGGAAUCCACCACCGACAUCAAGACCACUGAGGAAAUCCUGCCCACCACCACCAACCCCACUACGACCAGCGAAGGCAGCGUCUCCACAGCGCCCCCAGGUGGUCACACGUUUCUCGCAGCAGCUUCUUCUCUUUCACCAUCGGGCGACUUCAGUGUGGUGGACAUGGCGGUGCUCGGUGCGACCCUGGGCGCCCUGCUGCUCGUGUGCCUGGUGGUCAUUGGGGUGCUCGUCCAUCGCAUGCAGAGGGGGAAAGCUGACUGGAGGAAGAUCUACGAAGCCAACGUGUUUCGGAGCUCUCUGGGUCAAGGUUCAGGCGGUCCUAAGGAGGGCAUCCAGUAUACCAACGAGGCCUUCCACAAUGAUGAAGAUGGAGGAAGCGUGGGCUCCGGCGGCCAAGAUGGCAGAAGUGCAAUGGCCUUCAGAGAGCCACGAAAAGUGGUGGAGGAUGUCUCCCUCCAAGAAUCCAUUGCAAAGUCUUCUGUUCCUCUCCACGCCCUCCUGCCCGACAACACCAGCGAGGCGGGCUCGUCGGACAAGGCCGACAGCGAGAAGGAGGUGAAACCCAUCCUGACCAAGGAGAGGCGCGUGGAGGAGGGGUACAAGUCGGUCUGGUUCAAGGAGGACAUCGACCCCAACGCCAAGGAGGAGGUGGUCAUCAUCCCGGACAGCAGAGAGGACGACAGCGAGGACGAGGAGGAAGACGAGGACAACAACCGGCAUUCAAAAACUCCAAAGGUUGGAUUUGCUGAUGCGGAUCUGGACAGUGGGCUCGGGCUGAAGAUGGGGGAUCAGGCGGAGGACUCAGAUGAUGAUGAUGAUGAACUAAUGACCUCUGAUCUGUGAGAGCAGCCAAAAGACUAACGGGAACCACCUGUAAUAAAAUCUGAUGAUUUAUCAGCUGUGAGUCCUCUUAUCAGUUGUGACUGAAACUGGACCAGGACUGAACACACCUUAUGGAAAGAUUAUAAAAUGCAAAGUAAUUAUGACUUGUGUGUUCAGAUUUAAAGUAAACUGAACCUUUCAAAGCUUUUAUUCUUUAUGUAAAUACUUCAUACAUUAUAAGUAAUCAAGUGUAACCUGAUAAAGAUACUGAGACUAUUUUAUAUAUUGAUUUAUGCUCAGUAAAAUCAGAUGUAUUUUGAAACUUCUGUCUUUUACCUUCCUCUUUCUCUUGUUCCUUAACAGUAGAGCGACUCUUUGAAACUGCAAAAGGGAAAGUCUGUGAAAAAAGCUGGUUAAUUUUGCGUUAAUCAUUCAUGUUGUUUAGUGCUGACUGAUGAAUAUGUCUUGUAUAAAACUAGAGAGAAAAAGCAGGUCACUAAAACCAGAAAAAUAACGUCUUUUGUUACCAUCUAUGAUAAUAAAUUUGUCCCUGCUGAUACUGAAGACCGUAAAACAUGACGACAGAAACAAACUCUGAACUUCCCAUAAAUAAACCACAGCAGUUAUGAGAGAUGUUUGUCAGCAUUUCACAAGAAUAAUUAACAGAUGUUGAACUUACAGAACAGAAAACGAAUGUAAAUAAGUGUGUUUAUGUUUGGGUCAAACAAAAAUAUUGUAUAGUAAUAACAUUAAAUCCUUUAACUGAGGAAUAAGGUGGUUUAAGUUUGAUUUGUGCUUAAUUUGACGUUAAUCAAAAAAGACAAACCUCCAGUGGUGACACCAACAGGCUGGAGCAGGUAAUGCACCAAAAUAACAACAACAACAACAACAGACAGCGUCAGUGUUAAACAUUUGAUUUUACUUAAAUUAAAAAAAAUGUACAUCACAUUUAAACAACGAAAAUCAUUUCAUUUAAAAACUUUACACCUAUUGGUACAAUGACACCAUUUUAUAAAAAUCCUUACAUCCAGGAAAAAAAAAAAACCAAACAGACUCGCCACUGACGUAAAAAUGAAACCACAAACAAACUCAGGAGGAUUAAGAGUUUUAACAAAGACGCAUGAAACAAAAACUCUGAGUGAGGCAACAUGGCGUUAACGACUGGUGUCAAUAUUGCAAAAAUGAAGCGUGUAAAAACAUUUUAACAAGACAGAAUUAAAACUACAAAAUAUUUGGCAAUGAAAGAGCUUUGCCCUGAUCACACCAAAAACUGACAGAGUGAGAUUAUCAUUAUGUGGACUUUUUUAAAUUAAAACAAAAAAUGCUUUCUUUAUGUGAAUGUUUCAUGAGCUGAUUUUUUAUAUUGGAGAAAAAAAUACUUUAGUUUCGUAAUAAAUUUGGUUGAGCUAACAGGACAGCUUUUGGUCGAAAGAUGAUAAGAUUGUAAGGAUUUAAUUGAAAUUACAUCUGCUACAUCAUACUACAUCUAGUGUUUAGUCAAUCUGCAGAAAAAUAUUCUGCAACUAUUUUGAAAAUCCAUCAUUUUUCAAGCAAAAAUAUCAAAUGUUUGAUGGUUCCAGGUUCUCAAAUGUGCAAAUUUCCAUUACCUACAUUAAAGUGAACUGCAUAUCUUUAGGUUUUGGCCUGUUUGUCAGAUAAAACAAGAUAUUUGAUGCUAUCACCAACAACACAAGGAAAUAUUCCCUGAUGUUUUGUUGCCCAAAUGAUUAAUUGACUAGCUUAAAAAAUUACUAGCGCAUUAAAGUGGAGUCUAAUUGAAAUGGGGUGAAUCCGAUUUUAAUUAAAAGUGAUAAAUGCUGGUGUGACAGUAGAAUGUGUUCCUCUGAGGGACAGAAAACCACAGUUAAAGACUGGCAGUGAUUGGCAGGAACAGAAACAUUAUUUUCACGUUUACACUAAAGCACUUAAACUGGCUAGCUAACACUUUGUCAGUCUGCGAAAAAAUAUGUUUCCUCAUUGAGCCAGGCAGAUUUCAUGGAGAUACAAACAAAUAAUUUGUGCCAUCAAAUUAACCAAAAAUACACGUUUAGAGCAUGUCAAAGGAAAAUCAGAAGUGUGUUAAGAAUUGUAUAUUUUUGUUUUGGUCCAAAAUCAAAUUUUAGGUUUUAAAGUGCAUCAUCUAGAUCAGAUUGAUAACAAUGUGUGAGCAACAAGUAGUUAUUUGUAUGAAGAAGUGUGUGUUUUAAAUCUAUGACACCUGCUGGCUCCAGCUAAUAUUCAUACUUCUGGUAUUUCAUUGUGUUGUUUUAGCUCUCUUAGCUUAUCUGAUUAGCACUGUGGUUGAGGAAAAAGCUACAUUUAAAACAAGAGCUAAAUAGAACAGAAAAGUCAAUAUUCCAGCUUUGGCUUAUUGAUUAUGAAAGAAAGCUAAAAAUUACUGACCUGUCAUUAGAAAAAAGAACCAUUUCAGAUCAUUGUGUUGUUUUAAAUUGUUUAGCUUUAGUGAACACGCAUUGAGCUGAGAAAAUAAGCUACUGUUCAAACAAAAAAAUCUAAACAUCAGAAAAAAAAUUCAAUUUCUUCAAUUUUUUAAGCCUCUUAGCUUAUUGGCUAUGAAACAAAAAAAAAAAAAACCUGAAAGAUGAAAGACAAAGAAAAUACUUUUCAGGGCGCUGUAAUUUAUAAUUGUUUAGCUUUAGCCUUUAGCUUUGAGCUAUGGGAAAAGCUAAAGGUGAAACAAAAAAGUCAGUUUGUUUGUAAUUUUUUUGCUUGUUUGUUUUUUUUUUUUAGCUUCAGCUCCUUAGCUUACUGAUUGUGAAAUAAACUCAGACCUGAGGCUAAAGAGUAAGCUAAACAAACUGAUUGUAUGUUUCAUUAGGUUUAACGUAUUAGCCUUUAGCUAAGACAGAAGUUAAAAGCUGAGAUUAAAUUUGUGGUUUACAUUAAGUGUUGCACAGUAAAUAGUUGUAAAACAUUCAUAUAGAAUACAUAAUACAUAGUAAGUCUCUUACCACCACAUUAAAAAGAAAAAUCACUGUAAUUGACUAUAAGGCUUAGCUGUUAAGUACAAUACAGAGUCAUUUAAUAAAGUUUUUACAAUUCCCUGAAGACACUGAUGUAAAUUAAUGAGGUUUAAACAUGUUUAUGGUAUAUGCUAAUAACACUGUAAAAACAACUGCCCAAAACUGAACAUGAAAAUGAACAGAAAAUCAAGUAAUAAUUUAAGCACUAAUGCACUAACCACCCAGGCUAAAAUAUGCUG